CUCAAUCUGGAUAUCAAAUUAACGCAAUUUAAAAUAAUCCGUUUCAAUAACCAUCGAACUGGUUCGUUCGGCUCGUUGCUCCUCGAUCGCGGAUCACAUCUUUCACAUUCCAGAACUGCGCGGAGCAGUGCCGGUGUGCUGGUGCAAGGUCAGUGCUCCUCCUUGGAGGGGGAACCGUGUUCGAAUCUCGCGGAUGUAAUAUGCCAGAAACAUGUAAACGUGCUCGAUAAAAGUGAACUGUCAAAAUAUGGCCGAGAAUUUGGCGGCCGCAAAUCGUGAUUUUAGAGUUCAAAACAACAAUAUGAAAUUGCCGUCUGGUCCCCGUGUGGUCACCAUUAAUAAAACCGACACUGGCUUCGGAUUCAACGUUAGAGGCCAGGUUAGCGAGGGAGGCCAACUGAGGAGCAUCAACGGCGAACUUUACGCCCCCCUGCAGCACGUAAGCGCCGUUUUGGACAGAGGAGCCGCCGAACAAGCAGGAAUCAGAAAAGGGGAUCGUAUAUUGGAAGUGAAUGGGGUGAACGUUGAAGGUGCGACGCACAAGCAGGUGGUCGACCUCAUCAAAUCUGGCGGCGACGUGUUGAAACUAACUGUGAUUUCGGUUUCCCCUCAAGAGGCGGAGCGUCUGGAACCUUCCGACGACAGCCAGGUCUAUUACGACUACAGCGAAAAGCGAUCUCUCCCAAUCAGUAUUCCCGACUAUCAUUACAAUGAGCGAGGCGGAGAACGAUACGUCACGUUCAAUAUAUACAUGGCCGGCAGGCACCUUUGUUCUAGAAGGUACCGCGAGUUCGCCAAACUACACAGUGAUCUUAAAAAGGAGUUUAUAGGCUACACAUUUCCAAAAUUACCCGGCAAAUGGCCAUUUACGUUGAGCGAGCAGCAGUUAGAUGCGCGUCGGCGCGGUUUGGAACAAUACCUCGAGAGGGUCUGCGCAGUGCGGGUGAUCGCGGAGUCGGAAAUAAUGCAGGAGUUCCUCACGGACCAGGACGACGACAAUAACAGCAGCCCCGUGGAUUUGAAAGUACUUUUGCCCGACCGGGAGGUGGUCACGGUGUCCCUCAAGAAAAGCUCCAACGCCGACGAAGUUUACGACGCCAUAGUGCGCAAAAUCGGGAUGAGCAAGGAGAUCGCGCAUUACUUUUAUCUGUUCGAAAUCGUCGAGUACAAUUUCGAAAGGAAACUACAACCGAACGAGUACCCCCACAACCUGUACAUACAGAACUACAGUACCGCGACGAGCACGUGCUUGUCGGUACGAAAAUGGCUGUUUUCGGUGCAAAGGGAACUGACUCUCAUGGCCGACGCCCAGGCAACCCUAUACGUGUUUUGGCAGGCUAUCGACGAGGUGAACAGGGGUCACAUCAACGCCGGCGAACGUCUGUACCAACUGAAAGCCCUCCAGGACAACACCCGAGCGACGGAGUACCUGAAGUUGGCGCGCGAGUUGCCCGGCUACGGCGAGGUGGUUUUCCCGCACUGCGCGUGCGACUCGAGGAAGGACGGUCACGUGAUCGUCUCGGUCGGUACGGCCGGGAUCAAGCUUCACGCGUGCCACGAAGAUGGCACCGCCGAGAGCCAGGUGGUCGCGCUCGAGUGGGACUCGGUCAGGCAGUGGGAGGUGGACGAGGAGGGGAUGGCGUUUUGUCUGAAGUACAACAGGCCCGAUAAGACACCCAGGUGGCUGAAAAUAUUCACACCAUACUACGUCUAUCUGAUGGACUGUUUCGAGCAAAUCUUCGAGGAGAGCAAGUGGCUGGACAGCGGCGACUGACUGAGGGACGAACGCUAACCCGGACCGGGUCGUUUGUUGUUUUUGUAAAUCUCUUCUAUUCGUAGUAUUAAUUUAUCGAAACGGGGGUGAAGCCCGCUUCAGUGGUGUUAACGAACGAGCGUGUCGUUACGCGUUGUGGAAACGCGUCGCGAACGUCUUUGGAACAUUCCUGCGGGGUGUUUCGAAAAACGUUCCGUCAACUUCUAGGGCAAAUAAAAUUUUAACAAAUAAGGUUAGACAUGUGCCCGAAAAAAAUUCUUUUUUUCUGAAAAGAAACGAAAGUUAGAUUACACAGGGUGUUGCGAAAUUAAUGCACCAAAUUUUUAUGGCAUAUUGCAAGACGAAAUUUAGAGCUGGAUUCCGGAUGUCCCGAAAUGCUUCCUUUCCGAGAUGCAAGCGUGGAAGCUUAAAAAAAACUAUUUUUUUUAUCAUAAUUUCAUAAUUAAUUGAAAUUUUGCGAAGUGUACAUCUUUUGGUGCGAAAUAUUUUUUAAAUUUAUUAAUCUUUUUAUCAUAAUUUGGGCGGUAUCGCCAUGAUUGAAAUGCUUUUUUUGGGUUUGGGUAAAAAUUUAAUUUGGAAAAUACAGUGGCGCACCAUUUUUUUUUUUUGAAAAUAUUCCAUGCAAAUGUGGUACGGUAGGAUAAAAAUAAUUUUGCUCUUUGAAUUUCAACACCGUGUGUCUCAGAAAGGAAACGUGUCGAAAUGUUUAUAUAUGCUAGGUCCUAUUUGCGUCGUAGAAUGUAGAUCGCUAAAACAAGCGUGUCACUUAUUUUGUUCGCAAUUUUUUUUAUGGGGAUUCGGACAAAAAUGCUAUUUUUAACAUAUAAAUGGUACUCCUGUUUAUUGCCAAAAAUUACUGCUUUUUGAGUUACAGUACAACUUCAGCAAUCCCAAUCACUUGAAACUAUUUAUUUUUUUGUAAAUGUAAAUGUACAUAAAUAUAAAUUUCGCGGUCAUACAUAUAAAAAAGUAAAAACUUAACAAAAUCAUUCCAAUGUUUUGUUUUUAAAAGAUCUGAAGGAGUAAGUGCAUUGACAAAUCGUUGCUGUAAAAACUAGUAACGUCCUCAUGCUCCUUUACAUCAUAAAUGGUGGAUCUAGGGAGCCCACAAUUUGCUAGCCUAUGACGGAGACUUUUGGAUUUAUCUAGACUGUAAUAUUUUACAUUUUUUCGAGAUGACGGGGUCUCACAUACGGCUAAAUAAAAUAAUAAGAAUGCAGCAAUUUUUAUGUCAAACUGAUUAAGAUAAAAAACGAUUGAUAGUUUUCUUAUUUUCUAAAUUUAAUUCGGAACACCCUGUAUGCCACUUAUUUUGUUCCCAUUUUUUUAGAGGGACAUUGUCAUUUGUUUAAGCACAAGUGAUAUUUUUUAAGUAAGAAAAAAUUACUGGCCAACUUCAAUUUAGUAGCCUAAUUCAAUUAAUACCGACCGAACUAGGAAAUUAUUUGAAGUAAUUUUAAUGCGCAAAUAUUGCAAAUUAUUUUCCAUUUGUGGUCUAAAUUUUACUUAGAUAUCUUAAACCCUUUCAGAAAUAAAUUUUACGAGGUCCCUUUUACAGAAGCCCCCCUCUAUCUUCUAAGGAGCAAUUUUAGAAUGUUUUUUUAAUAUUCUAUUGACCCUAUAAAUUCGCGGAACAUUUUUCAAAAACACCCUGUAUAUUAGUUUUUUACGUUCUUAGCAAAAACGUUUAAAUUUUAAAAUUCCAAAUGAGAAUUUACGCUCCCGGUCGGAAAAAAAUACCGCGAACUAGUUGUAGACGUUAAACGAGAAAAUAUCAAAGUUUAUAUAAAAGAGGUUUAACAGUACCGUUAGCGUUACAGCAUUUACACAUUUAAUGGGUUAUUUUGCUAUUACCGCCGUAGUCGAUUGUUUUAAGAGCACAUUACGAAUUUCGACUUUCCUUUUAGCCCGUCGAAUUUGAACAAAUCACUAUAGUCAAUUAGAGAGAAACUCUUGGCAAUAACUCCCGCCAUUUUGCAAUUUGAUUUCAUCGAGUGUGCUUUUAAAAUGUCGACCCCUUACGUUACGUAACGAAUUGUUUCGGGUUACCUAACCUAAAAGGCUAAUAUAUCGUUAAAAGCGAUUUGUACAUAUAUUACGACUUUUCCGUUCCAUUUUUAACGAUUAUUUUCACUGCGUUUUCGUUAACGUUUAAACAAUAUCGGAGCACUAGCGAGUUAGGCAAAUUUAAAGUAGCUGAAUUAUAUUUAUAGUAUUUAUUAAUUAAAUUAAGAGGCACCCGACGUCCUUAUACGGAGCACGUCCUCCGAGGUUAGGUUUAGUUGUAACGUUUCAAAAAUUUCGCCCCUGUACUUUUUGAAAAACUGUACAUCUAGAGGCUGCAGAUUUUCCUCUGCCCCCUUGUAGUUAAUUUAGUUCAAAUCGAUUGUCGUGCAAUACGUAUUAGUACGAGAUAGAAGUCUCGUGUAUCCGAAAACGGAUCUUUGGGUUGUGGCGACUUUACUUUUUCAUUUUCCGGAGUGCCAUAGAAAGAAAUUAGAAAUUGGUCGGAUGCGCGAGCCGCUGGACUACCUAGUGUAAAAUGUGUCUUACUCGAUUGAGGUUCGUUCGCCAAGAACAAAAUUCUAUAAAACAGUUCCUCGCGAAAUUGUACAUAUUCUCCGUUUCCGUUGAUACCUUGUAACUUAAAAAUAUUGUCAAAGAAUAAAUAAAGGUUAGUUGACCGUUUUGCUUG